AUGAAGUUGGUACGCUUUCUUAUGAAUAUCCCCAAUUCUACUAACCAGCCGAUAACGGUUGAGUUGAAGAACGGGAAUAUUAUUAGUGGGACAUUGCUAUCCUGUAAUCCGCUGAUGAAUUUGCAUUUGAAGAACGUUAGGUUACAACAGCCAUUGCAGGACCCGAUUUUGUUACAGUACAUCAACAUCAGAGGAAACCAAGUGAGACAGAUAUUGUUGCCUGAUGAGUUGAAUAUAGAGAGUGUUUUGGCCAAGUCAGAGACUAAAAUCAAAGGUAGUGGCGCCGGACCCGGUGCCAAAGCAGUGGCACGAGGUGGGUUUAGAGGUAGGGGCAAGGGUAGAGCGGUUUGA